AUGGCCACUUGGUUGACAACAUCGGAGGUGACGGAGGAGAUUACAAUGGCUUCGAGAGCAAGCUCCGUCAGCUCCGACGCGGCGGGUAAACCAGCUCAGAACCAUCGCCAUCGGCGACGAUGCGGACCGUCAAAGAGUGAAAGCCCGACCAUUGGCAUGAAAUCCGCCGGCGGCCAUCGUCCACUGACCACUGCUCCCUUCCGACGCCGCCGACCAUCGUCCACUGACCACUGCUCCCUUCUAACGUCGCCGUCCUCGGCCACAUUACCUUGCCUGCAAAUUUCCUCAGGUCCAUUCCCAUACCAGUGGGCCGUCCGUCUCUUCACUCUAUCAAAUCCAUCAACGCAUUGGCUCAUAUUCAAAGCCCAAACUUUCUUCCUCACAGAAGCCAGGUUUUUCCCAGCAACUUCAUCAAACAACAUCUCCCACCCAUUUUCCCACUCGUCGUGUGCAUCACAAAGCUCAACUGAGUUUUCAGUCCACUCGGUCCAGCUCCAGUUUCUAGCAAGCCCAUUCAUGAUAGGCCCAACACAAGAUCCAGUGCAGACAGGCCUGCAAGGCCUGCACUUGGCGCCAUUAAGUGGGCCCGGGCUCGACAGCGCGGCCACAGGCACCCCAAACUGGGCAGGAGGAAACUCAUAUUCGCGAUCAGUCACUAUACAGAACGGCAGAGGGUUGGUGGUGAAUUCAACCUUUUGGGUGGUGAGUUGGGCCUUGAAAGCAGACUCCGAGUUGAGUUCGCCGAUUCCAGCUGAGGGAUUAAGGAGAGCCUCGAAAGUGCUACAACUAAGGAAUGAAGUUUUCGGGGCCCAAUGGGCCGGACCAGUACCCGUCGACUCUUGUUCGGAUGACCCAGUCGCAGCCUUCUACAAGGAUGAAAUAUUGCAACAAGCCCUGCAGUUAUUGGGGAACAGGACAGCAUUAGCAAACACAAAGAACAAGAACCUGUAUACCGUUGGGCGAGUCGGCAGCCGUCAGAACCCGGACCUCCGACUCAGUCUCGGGUAUGGGUUCGGGUUUAAAUAUUCUGACAGCAGCUAUUCUGGGUGCAUUGUUCAACAGCAGAAGCUUGUACGCGUUCGAAUCCAACGGGCUGUGGAGAAAAAGAUCCGAAUUUUCAUAAACACGAAGAAUCCUCUCCACAAUGAACGGCCCGGUCAGCUCGAACCUGCGGGCCCCGGGCCCCGCCCACCAAACAAACGGCGAUUCUCGACCCAUUUAACGGGUUCUCGGGUCGGACAGGAUGAUGGCCGGUCGGGGCACGGCCGCCAAAUAUGGAUUUGA